AUGGUAGUAUUUGUAUUCUUGGCCGCCCUCGUCGUAAUUGCUUCUGCCAUUCCUCAAAAAGAAGUAGAAAUAGUGAGUUUCGAAAGUGAAAACCGAGUUGACGGAUAUAACUACCAAUAUGAAACAAGCGACGGAACAAAGAAGCGCGAAGAAGGUCAAUUGAAAAACGUUGGCACGGAUGAUGAAGCAAUGGCAGUACAAGGAACCUACGAGUACGUAGGUGAUGAUGGCAAGGUAUACAGGGUAUCUUACACUGCCGACGAAAAUGGCUUCCAACCAGAAGGCGAUCACAUACCCAAGAAGAAAUAGAACCGACGAUAAUAUUUUAAUGUGAUGGCGACAUCACGUGUACAACCUAAGGCAAAUUACAAUUGCCGUUUGUCAGCUGGCAAUUGAUCGAUUCUACUACCAUUUCGUUUAUUAUUGCUAAUUGAUUUUGUCUUUUGAUGUACAUGCGAUAUCGGCAUUACACAGAAGACUUCCGUAUGAUAUUAGAAAUUUGUACAAAACCGCAUUCCGAUAAAUGAUUAUUCUCUCAAAGCCAAAUUCGAUAAUAA